UGUACCGCCAAGAUGGUGGACUGCGAGGCUGUUGAGGUUUACGAUCUAACAGCUUUAAAGAUGCACGACAAUUAUAGUUAUCAAUGUCUCAAAGGUGAAUAUCUUGUAAUUGUUUUACUUUGGAGCGAUAAAAUGUUAGCUGAAGUGAAGAUUGAAGACGUGCUAGAAGAUGGACGACUACUGCUAUGCUAAGAUGGCGACGUCAUGUCAAAGAGAAAGUGAAAGAGAAUCACCAACUUCCAGCAAAUCACCGACGGAGAUAAAGAUGAAAGGUGAAGACGUCCAGCAGCUGAUUGGUCAUCCAGAAGAACUUUCCACUCAGUCGCAGGAGGGUCCACAGCCCCCCCACAUUAAAAAGGAAGAGGAGGAUCUCCGGAUCAGUCAGGAGGGAGAGGGUCUUCUCGGCCAGCAGGAAGCUGAUCUCACCAAGUUGCCACCGACUGUUGUCUCCGUGAAGACUGAAGAUGAUGAAGAGAAACCACAACCAGACUACCUCCUGGCUCCACUAUCAGAUGGAGAGUCCGAAGACAAGGUUAAAGAACCUUUGAGGGGCGAUACAGACUGUGAAGACGUCCAGCAGCUGAUUGGUUAUCCAGAAAAACGUCCUCCUCAGUCACAGGGGCGGAGCUCUACUUUGAAGCAAGAUGAUCCACAGCCACCCCACAUUAAAGAGGAAAAGAAGGAACUUUGGAUAACUCAGGAGGAAGCUGAUCCCACCAAGUUGCCACUGACUGUUGUCUCUGUGAAGACUGAAGAUGAUGAAGAGAAACCACAACCAGACCACCGCUUAGCUCCACUAUCAGAUAGCAAAGCUGAAGACGGGGAGGAAGAACUUUUAAGCAACGAUACAGACUGUGAAAUUGAUAUGAGGACUCACACCGACAACAAAAACUCUAAUUGCUCUAAAAGGAAGACGGGUAAAACAUGUUUGAGGUGUUCAGUUUGUGCUAAGCGCUUUUCUAAAAAGAGCAAUUUGACUGUCCACAUGAGGACGCACACGGGUGAAAAACCAUUUAGUUGUUCAUCGUGUGGCAAAAACUUUACUAAAAAGUGCCAUUUGAGUGAGCACAUGAGAACGCACACGGGAGAAAAACCAUUCAAUUGUGCACUUUGUGUUAAAAGCUUUACUAAAAAGUGCCAUUUGACUGAGCACAUGAAAACGCACACCGGCGAAAAACCGUUUAACUGUUCCGUUUGCGGUAAAAGCUUUUCCAUAAAGACCCAUUUGAGUGAGCACAUGAGAACACACACAGGAGAAAAACCGUUUAACUGUUCCGUUUGCGGAAAAAACUAUACUAAGAAGUGCCAUUUGACCGAACACAGGAGAACACACACUGGAGAAAAUUCUUUUGAUUGUUCGGUUUGUGGUAAAAGCAUUACUCUCAAGAGCAAUUUGACUCAACACAUGAGAAUACACACUGGUGAAAAACCGUUUAAUUGUCUAGUUUGUGGUAAAAAGUUUUUUCUAAAGGGCAGUUUAACCCGACAUACGAGAAAGCACACUAAAGAAAAACUAUUUAAUUGUUCAACAUCUAACAAGAGCUUUGUUACCAAGAGUCAUUUGACCGAACACAAGAGAAAGCGCACAGGUGGCAAAACAUUCAAUUGUCUAGUUUGUGGUAAAAGUUUUUCCCGAAAGAACAGAUUGACCGAACACAGCAGAAGACACACAGGAGAAAAAAUCGGUUGCUCAGUUUGUGGUAAAACCUUUUUCUCCAGGCAUGGCUGGACUCAACACAGAGUGACGCAUUCAGGAGAGAAAACAUUUAGUUGUUCAGUUUGUGGCAAAAGGUUCUUUUUUAAUUCCGACAUGGUGAGACACAAAAGAAUACACACGGGAGAGAAACCAUUUAACUGUACGGUUUGUGGUAAAAGUUUUUCUCAAAAGAACAAAUUGACUGGACACAGCAAAUUACACGCGGGAGAGAAAAAUAAAAAAUAAAAUCUCAAUAAAAAGGACAUGUUAGCUUUAAAUAACAAUCAGCAGAGGCUUGCGGUAAAACGAGAACUGUGUUUUCUCGCACGAGAAUAAAAACUUUUAGUUGCUCAGUUUUUAGUGACCAAGUUUACCUCAUCGCAUAAUGAAACACACUUGUUUGCGGUUAAAGAUUCUCUCCGAAAUUGCUAGCUUCAGAAUCAGAAGAGUUUUUAUUGCCGUUGUUUGAGAACGGGUUCACAAACUAGGGAUUUUACUCUUGAUUAAUGAAAACAUUCUUGGCAAAUGCUUUUGCUCUCGUCCGUCUUGGGCAAGUUGUUGACAUGUUGUCCAAACGAUGACGAAAGUUCAUCCUCUGGGGGGGGGCGGGGAAAGGCUCUGCCAUCUUGGGAGGAGUCCGAGAGAUGGCGUUCUUGGGCUUGGAAGAUUUCCUUGUAGUCUUCCGCAUUGUGGAUUUCAGCUGAAGAAACUUUCUCGUCCGCUUCAUCCUCGCUAGGGCUCCGCCUCUCGCCUUCAGGACUCCGCCUGUCAGCAUCUGAGCUGCGCUUCACCCCUUGAGCCCGGCAGUCGGUCGCGGGUCGCUCGUAGCUGCGGCGUAGCGCCACUCCCUUGGGCACACAUCCAACACAAAAUGGAAUAAAAUGAGUUGAAACUAAGAUAUCAGAUUUAGUUAUUGUUUAUGUGCCUGAUGGCCCAGGGAAAAACCCUUUUCAAGUGAGGAGGUAUGGGUCUGGAUGGACCGUAGUCUCCUGCUUGAGGGGAGAAUAUUUUGUGUCCAGUGUGAGAAGAGUCAGCUGUGAUCCGACCCAGACGCCUCCUGGUCUUGGAGGAGAACAGGUCCCAAGAAAUGGAUGGAGUCCACAAUAGGGGGAGGGAGAGUCAAUCAGAGAGAGAGGGGGAUAGUGGGGCUGUGAAUUUCCUGAAGUCCAAGAUCAUCUCCACUGUUUUCUGGCCAAUCAGCUCCAGGACGCCAGGCCGGUCCACCUCUCUCCUGUAUGCGGACUAGUCGCCAUCCGAGAUGAGACCGAUGAGGGCGAUGUUUGUCCGCAAACUUGAGCAGCUUUACUGACUGGUGACUGGAGGGGCAGCAGUUUGAUAGUACGUGACCUGGAGAGUCUCCCUCCCAGAUGGCAGGGAAAAAAAGCAAUAUGCCCAUAGUUUAUUUACCUGUGGGAUAGGCUAGGACUAACAAAACUAUGUUUUCAGCACAAACACGUUCAAGAUGAGACAAACAAACAGUGUACAUGGUUACAGAACAGGAACGCUGAUGGGUCGCCACGAGGCGCCCCGUGAAAGAUGGGAAAAGGGUAAAACGCUGGGGCAGAAGAUGAGUACAAAAAAUACAAUCUAGACUGGGCUCCAGUCUGGAGUGGGAAAAAAAACCUCCGUGCCAUGCACACACAAACAUGUUACAUUCAAUGACAACAACUCGUGACAGCUGGCAGCCGUCCAUCAUCCCGAAGGGUAAUUAAGCAGUGGUGAAGGGGUGGGGGAGGGUGUGUGUGUGUGUGUGUGUGUAUAUGCCCAUUGUCUUGGGUGUGUUGAUGUAGUGUCCAUAGGCCUGGAGCCGUCCUGCAUGCAAUGCAAGCAAAUGUUUGACUCCAGGUGUUGUUGAGGAGGGAGGGAGGUCAAAAGCGUCCAUCAUUGAGGAGUCCUUGGGGGGAAUGUUUUCAGAACAGCCUGCUCCUGUUGUUGCACCGUCAAGGCCUUUCGAGGGAGUCAAAUCGUUGAUUAGGAUUUUUGUUUUUCCGCGAGCAGACAUUACAAUAACAGCGCAAAGAAAGAGGCUUCAAAAAGUGUAGACGAGACAAAACUAAGAGGGCAAGCAAGGAGAAGAAGGGAGCGGAAAAAAUGUGACCGCCCUCACCAGAGGCAAGACAGAUGUACCGUGGGACCUCGAUGAAUGAAUUCAUUCGGUUCUUAAAUAGGGUUUGUAGGCAGAAAAAGUUUGUAUAGAGAGGCAAAUUUCUCCAU